GCGAGACGGACGGACGGACGGACGGACGGACGGUGGCUUCAUCUGCUGGAAAAAGUGACACAACCUUAUUGUUUGUGUCGGGGUAAAUCCUCGCCUUGUGCGGCUGACUGAAUCUAUUGAGUGGCUGCUCUUUAUUCAGUCUGUCCAUGUUUUUGCUUGGCCUCGGUCAGAGGCUGCUCUAUUGUCUGCCGGCCGGUCCGGUCCGGCCCGGCCCAUUCUUGCAUGAUAUGAAUAGAGAUAAGCCCUGAUUGUUUCUAUCAACCACUCGGGGUGCAAUGUUGACGCGUAGCGGCAGGAAAUGAUGUCACUGCAUGGGUGGACAAAACGGAAGACGAUCUUCUGGUAUGGUAUGGUAUGUUGCUGCAAGCAAACAAAAAGACGUUGAUUUAAGUGAAAGGGAAUGGAGCAUUUUCCAAUCAAUAUCAGCCCAUUUGCUUUCAGGGCAUGCAUAAUGGAUGUCAAGCAGAGAAUUUGCUCCUGGCCUUUUUCUCUGUUCCUAUCCUGGUUUCUAUGAUCUGUCAGGUGUGAUUCAUGCGUGGCGUCAUUCUUAAUUGCCCUUUCUAAAUGCUUGCCGGCAAAUGUCGCCUUUGCUUAGAGUGGAGUUUUGGCGAGGUCAGCAGAUGUAGCCACCCUGCUGUAGGUUCAACACAAUUAAGGCAAAAACAAAUAGCUGUCAUUACUUUGUACUCAGUAUACGGACGGAUGUUGUUGAAAAUGCAGGUGAUUAGGAUGAAAUAUUGUUUCAUCUAUUUUCAAUGCACUAAUAGAAGUUCCCCCCCCCCCCAAAUGCUUCAAGCGACAUUUUAUGGCAGGAGGGUUUGCUUGCGGUGUUUACUCUGGACCGUGAUUAAGAGCACAUAGCUUGGAUUUCGCUGAGGUCGGGUUCAUUUAAAAAGCAUUAGGGCACCACGCAUAAUGAAAGAACGGAGAUAUCCUUCCAAUUAUGUCUUAUCUUUGUCUUUGGAUUUGUCCAGCACAAAACCACAUCACAAUUCUUUGACGACAAGCCGUUCGGAAAAGUAAACAACAAGACCGCGCAUGUAUUGAUGAAGUUACAAUACGAGCCGCUCCCUUAAAGCUCAAGUGUGAAGUCGACGUGACCUACCGCAUUGUAAUGGCUAAAAUGAUUUCAAGUAUUCUCACCUAGCUGCUAAAAUACAUCCAUAGCAACGCCCUUAGCAACCAAGAUGCUAACGUUGGGCAAUCUCUAUAAUCUACGACUUGUUUUGCUUGGGAACUAACCGGCUCAGAAGUUCCCAUUGUCUAAAAGCAUUAGCAUCGUGGAUGGAUGGACGGAUGGAUGGAUGGAUGGAUGGAUGGACGGAUGGAUGGAUGGAUGGAUGGAUGGAUGGAUGGAUGGAUGGAUGGAUGGAUGGAUGGAUGGAUGGAUGGACGGAUGGAUGGACGAAUGGACGAAUGAAUGGAUGGACGAAUGAAUGGAUGGACGAAUGAAUGAAUGAAUGAAUGAAUGAAUGAAUGAAUGAAUGAAUGAAUGAAUGAAUGAAUUUUGUGAGCGAGCUGAGUAAAUGUUGCAAUCUUAAUUGCAAGCUUUUGUAACUCCCAUGACUGUAGAUAGCCUUCCAUACGGCGUACACCUUCGGGUGCUCCCUGUUUAUUGUCGGAAGAAGGCUGCAAAGAUGAUGUGGGACUGAUCAAAACAAUAGAGAGAGAGAGAGGAGGAGAGUCGUUGCUGCAUGGGAGCGGGCUUGCAUUGGACGCGAUCACGCAUUCAGUCCACAAUUAAGACUGAAGAAGAUGCAGAUGCAUCUUUGGAAGAGCAUCCAUUUGACAAGCUGAGGACGCGCGGCCGCUGCUCGCUCGCCCGUCCGUCGCCUUGUCUAUUCGCUCUUCGUCCGACCUCGGGAAUCCGUUUCCUCGAGCAGCUGACGCUCUUUCUCCUUGGUUUGCACACGCUCGGAUCCCCACAUAGACUCGCGGGUGUUUCAUAACAAGGCUGUUUACUUGGAGCGAGCGAGAGAGAGAAAGCGAGAGAGAGAGCGAGAGAGAGAGAGAGAAGCUCCGACGCCAAUUCUAGCAGGCAUCUUAUUUGCCGAGUGGAAUUUGCGGAGCGCAGCGCUUAAGACGCCAAAAAGGAGUCGAUUCGAGUUGUCCAGCACAAGUUGCGCAGUGAGAGGAAAACAUGGGCAUUUGCGGCUCUUGGACGGCGACUGGGAAAUGCCUCGUCGUGCAAUUGUUCUUCCUUGUACCUGCAGGAGUUGCGCUCCGAAGCGGCGGCGGCGGCGGCGGCGGCGAUCCUGCUGCCUUAAAGGACAACAUUAGCGUGCGACAAGGGGACAGCGCCGUGUUAAAAUGCGGUCUGGACAGUAAAGUGUCAAAGGUGGCGUGGCUCAAUCGCACCACCAUUCUUUUUGCCGGCAAAGAGAAAUGGUCUCUGGACUCUCGCGUCACUCUGAUGGAAAAUACAGCCGUCACGGAAUACAGCAUCCAGAUCCAAAAUGUGGACGUCCAUGACGAGGGACCCUACGUCUGCUCCUUCCUCUCCAAUAAGAAACCAAAAUCCAUCAAAGUGCAUCUCAUUGUGCAAGUACCUGCCAGGAUCACCAACAUAUCAGCCGACGUCACCGUAAACGAGGGCACCAACGUCAACCUCGUGUGCUUGGCCAUGGGUCGACCACAGGCCAGCAUCCAAUGGAGGCAUCAUUCCCCGAGAGGCACUCACACAUUUGUAACAGAAGGAGAGUAUCUGGAACUGGCUGGCAUCACCAAAGAUCGAUCCGGAUCAUACGAGUGCAUUGCUUCAAACGACAUUUCCGCCCCCGAUGUUAGGACGGUACAGGUUGCGGUCAACUAUCCUCCCUUCAUUUCUAAGGCAAGGGCCACGGGCACAGCAGUUGGACAAAAAGGAGUUCUUCAGUGUGAAGCCUCCGCUGUCCCUCGAGCCCAUUUUGAGUGGUACAAAGAAGAUCGCAGGAUUUCCAAUGGAAUAAAUGGAAUCAAAAUCGAGAAUCAAGGCAAACAAUCAAUGCUCAUCUUCUUCAAUGUUUCCGAAGAAGACUACGGGAACUAUACCUGUGUUGCCAUGAACACCAUGGGGAUCACUAAUGCCAGCAUCAUUCUUUACGGACCUGGCGCAAUGCAUGAUGUCAACAGGGCAGCUACUUUGCCCCAACUCUCCUUAUGCAACUUGCUGCUGAUGACCUUCCUCUACCUGCUGCUGAAGUUCUGACGUUCCACUGGAAGUUGAGAAAAAAAACAGACUGUUGUCAUGUAAAUUGAACAAAAUGAAAAAAAUCAAGAGGCACCAGUGGUUUUUAUUUCUUUUGAGUUUUUCCUCAAUCCAAUUUCUUUCUUUGGCAUUGGAGUCAGCCACUUCAAUGUGCGGCUUCAAUCGAACGAAAGGGGGAGGGGGGGGGGAAUCGGAAUUGUGCAUACUAAUUUAAUGCUGUUAAGGUCCUGACUUUGUGUAUUCCCAAAACUUUUGUAUGUGGAAAAAAAAAACAAGAAAAAUAAUACAUGUAACUGUUGAUGGUUGACUGUUUAUUGCCCAAUAUUGGAGUGCACAUUCUGAUUAUUAUUAUUGUGUAAUGUCUACGCGUACAACACAAUUGAACGUUUUUUUAAGUCAACGAUAAAAGGGAAAUUGAGUUUAAUCUGACUGUAUUUUUACAGUUAAGUAUAUGCAAAGUAGAAUAUGACACUCUUCAUGAUAAGCAGUAAAAGAAAAAAAAACAGUACACAGUGAAUUCUCAGGCAAGUCCUACUACAUAAUGCAUCUAAAUUGUAUUUACAUUAACGUGUAGAAAAUGUAUAGACUUGUACAGAAGAGAAACAUGUUAUAAUUUGCUUAGUUUGUUUAUGUAUAGGAUAUAAAAGAGAAAGACUGCCCUUUGUGUCACAGCAGUUUCAUUGCAUAUUCAUGCAAAAGCACUGAUGUGCUUUUUUUUUUUUUUUCUUCUCCUUCUCUCUCUCUCUCUCUCUCUCUCUCUCUCUCUCUCUCUCUCUCUCUCUCUCUCUCUCUCUCUCUCUCUCUCUCUCUCUCUCUCUCUGCUGGCUGGGGUGUGACUUGAACACGUAAUGCAAAUGCACUCAGUUUGUAUGAGUUGUAUGACUUGAUUGUGGUCGGUGUGUGUAUUUUGUACAUGAGCUCGUCCUUUUACUCGUUGUCGGUCGCAACUCACUUAUGCAAUCCGCAAAAGAAGCCCGAAAGAAAUUUAAAUGAAAGUUUGAAUUGAAUCACGUUUAUUUGUGCGAAUUACACUAUCUUUCAUUUAUUUUAUUUUUUUACAAUUGUGGACACACCAAGAAAACGACAAGUAUGGGAUUUUUUUUUAACAAGCAGUGUUUCCCAUAUUCUGUAUGGUGUUGAAAAAUUCCAGUCAAUAAAAUGCCUUGUCUAUACAAAUAGUAA